AUGGUAAUGGACCACCACAAAAUCCAUUACCAGCACCAGAUCCAAUUGGAGGUGGGGGAAGAUUUCCAUUGAUGAAUGGACAUCAACAUCCGCCAGCAAUAGCACCACUACCAGCACAACCACAACAACAAGUUAAUGGCAUAAGAUUACCAAUGUUAAGAGAUGGACCACCACAAAAUCCAUUACCAGCACCAGAUCCAAUUGGAGGUGGGGGAAGAUUUCCAUUAAUAAAUGGACAUCAACAUCCGCCAGCAAUAGCACCACCACAACAACAAGAUAAUGAUAUAAGAUUACCAAUAUUUAUAGACGUACCACCACAACAUCCAUUGCCGGCACCACGUCCAAUUAGAGGUGGGGUAAGAUUUCCAUUAAUAAAUGGACAUCAGCAGCCGCCACCAGUAGUAGCGCAAGUAGCACCAUUACCACCUCAACCACAACAACCACCGAUGCAGCAGCCGUCACCAUCCGUAUCACCGCCGCCAUCACCAGGAUCGGAUGCAUCAUCGCUAUCAGCAUAUACACCUUCACCUCCUAACUCUCCUCAACCAAUAUCAGAACAAUCAACAUCAGCAUUGCGAUCUUCACCAGCACGACAACGAUCACCACCAUCAUCACCACCACCAACUAGCAGGAGAAGAUUAAUGACAGAUAAUUUACAACCACAGCCAAUACCGGGUCCAUCAGGACAACAA